AUGCCGUUUUGCCGUCGAAUCCUGCGCCAGGGGGAGCCCGCGGCGUCGCACGAGAGCCUCGCCCUUGAGUGGGCCUUCGGCCUGCACAAGGACUUCAAGUCGGCCGUCCACAACCUCAGCACGUCCACCACGGAGCGCGUGGUGUUCUACACGAUUGGACACAUUGGCAUCAUUUACGAUGCGGUGCAGAACACACAGCGUCACCUGAUGGGUCACCGCCACACGAUCAUUGCGUCCGCGUGCAGUCGCAACCGCCGCUUCAUCGUGACGGCCGACGCGGGUGCGGGUGGGGUGUUCAACUCCACGUUCACCACCGUGGGCGAAGAGGAGUCUGUUUCGCCGAGCAGCCGCCAUGAGGGCCGCAGUGGCGGUGGGAGCGUUGGCCAGAGUAGGAAUGGCCACACCACCGAUGAGGGCGCAGACAACGACGGCUCCGUCAUGAUUGUUUGGGACACGCAGACGUGCAUCCCUGUAUGUACAAUACCUAUAGGGCUGUAUGGCGGGGUUGUGGCGUGUGCGAUGAGCCUAGAUGGCAUGUACAUCGCCACUCUUAACCGCCGCACCCCACAGGAGGUUAUGCUAUGGGGUUGGACGGCUGAGGCGGACGCGGAUGAGCCCGGACUACACUACGACGCGGCCGUUGAGGACAUCGCGCUCAACGACAACAUUACGCCUGAGUACCGCCGCGCGAUGCCAGCGCAGGAUGAGCAGACAUCUAUUCGCUUCUCGGAGGAUGACCCGCAUCUCCUCGUGACGAAUGGACUGCGUCGUGUGUUAUUUUGGUCAUGGACAGAAGGGGAGUUGAAGUACUACUCCCCGCCAAUUCUCGCGAAGAACUUGAAGGUGGCGGUGGGCAACUUCACACAGACAAUAUUCGUUCCGGGCACGAGCAUGGCAUGCAGCGGGACGGUUGAUGGGGAUGUGAUUUUAUGGGAGGUGCAGCCGCGCGAUCGCGUCACGAAGGUGCAGGACAAGACCAUGCUCAAGAUGGUGCGGGUGCAUACCGCCGGUGUCUCGUUUGUCACGUGGUCGAGCGGCUACAUCGUGACGGGCGGCAUUGACGGACACGUUAAGUUCCUCGACCCCAAACUGCGUCUCGUGGCGUGGUUUGAGGACCUCAAUGGUGGCGCCAUCACGUCCAUCAGCUUCGAUCGACCAAGCGUAGCGGCGCCGGCGACGGUGGAGGAAGUGCAGCGGGACUUUGAAGUUAUAACACAGAAAAAGGUGGCGCUGGCUGGGACGAAGGCGGUGGGGGAGUUCUCGGCCCCAGACUUUGUGGUAUCGACAGCCAACGCAAUGAUUGUCGACGUUGCGGCCAAGUCCUUUCACACUGGUAACGCGGAGCUGCUGCAUGGGAAGCUCAUUGUGCAAGGGCAGGAAAGGGGUAUUCAAUGCAUCGCCGCCCACCCGAAACUCUCGCGCCUCGCAAUUGCUGGGUAUAGUGGCAGUUUGCAUAUAUGGGACUACGUCACCAAGCGAGUGUGGCUACUCAGCAUCUUCGCCAAUGUACAAAUUCACUGCAUGGCAUACGACCCGACAGGUGUCUACCUCGCUCUUGGUUGCACAAAUGGUGUUGUUAAAUUCCUUGACGCGGACUCACUGGAGGAGCGGAAGACGAUCAAACCAAAGCGUCCAGAUUGUAUCACACGAUUAGUGUUUGCAAAUAAUGGGAAGCGGCUAGCCGCUGGCGACCUUGCUGGGUGUGUGAGUCUGUAUGAAUUCGAUCACCCUCAGGGCAACACAGCAAAGCCAAUGGAUUGGGACAUUGUGGGUCGUCAUAAGACCCAUCGGCAACCCAUUUCUGGCCUGCAGUUUGGUGAUGAUAACGGCCUACCUCGUCUGCUCUCUGUUGGAGAGGACCAGCGGCUCGUAGAGUAUGACUUGAUCGACUCGGAGGCGGAGGCUGGGCUACUCGUGCGGAGUGCGCAUAAAAUCACGCAGGGCACCGCCCCAACUGGAAUGCUCUGGGUCAAGGAAGCAGGUGUUGUCUCGGACAUGAACCGCCGUAUUGAAAAGGGGGCCUUGAAUGUAUCACCUAAUGAUCUGCUACUUAUUUCGACAAACGAAUACAAAAUUACCGCCUUCCUCAGUGAUUGGAGCCGUCAGUGUAUCAAGUCGGUAUUGUCGCCCACAUUCGGUGGCCCUGUGACGGAGAUGUUCACAGUGCCAACACUACCGGGUAGCGACGAUUUGUGUCUUUUCUACGCGACACGUGAAAAGGUGAUUGGUCUCAUGCAGCUACCACUAGAGGGUGACCCGUGCAUGUCAACUGGUCUCUUAGCUCAUCCAGGCGUCAUCACAAGUGUGGCGAGGUCACACGACGGUGCCUUUGUCUUCACUGCAGGAGGAGAUGAUCAGUCGGUGAUGCAGUGGCGCGUUAAUGGGGAAAAGAUUGUGCCACCAGAGGAGGCCACGCUGAUGAAGGCAACAGUAGCAGAAGGGAGCGGCGAGGUUCCACUCGAUCACCUCAUUGCUGCUAUCGAGGGUGGACGUGAGGGGCAGUUCAUGCGGGAGACUGUUGAUUAUUUCUACUACGCUCAGAUCCGCCUGCAAGGUGAGGAGACGACGGCGAAACGUGAGCUCUUGGGGGCGGUGCCCUUCUCGCAGCUGCCGAAUCUCUUCCGCGCGCUCGGCUACUACCCGUCCGAGCUCGAGAUUGGUCGCCUGACGUACGAGGUCGCCAAUAUCUACGGUCCUGUGGAAGAAGCUGUUGAGGAGUGCGAUGUGGGAAGCAUUCCGCUCAAGUUCUCGCAGUUCAUGCGACUGUACGUAAACUACCGUCCCAUCUACGGCAUCACACGGAAAGACAUUGAGGCUGCUUUUCUUGCUCUUGGCGCCGACCCCGCAACGGGGCAAAUCGCGCGCGACGUGUUAUUCAAGCUGCUCAGUACUCAUGGGGAGCCGCUCCAGCAGACGGAACUUGCUGCCGCGCUGCGUUCCUUGCUGGGUGACGGUGUGCGGCUUGAAAUGCUCGAGGACGCCAUCACUGCGCGCGCGUUCUCAGAGAACCUUCUGGGCUUCGAGGACUACGACGCGACUGGCGCCGCAGGGAAGGCGAUCGAGGAGGGCGAGACCGACGAGAUGGAAGGGGACAUGCUACUGGACAUGUAA